AACACGGACUGCGAGAUCGCGCUCCCUCUCAGAUCAGCUCCUCCUCCCCAGCCCACCCACCAACCCAUCGCCCGCCGGGACACCACCACGGCAAUGGCGUCGGCGUCGCGGAUCCUCCUGGUCGCCGCGCUGCUCCUGGCGGCGUCGGCAAUGACAUCUGCGCAGAAGGCGAAGGCGCCCGCGAAGCCGGCCCCCGCGGCCGCCGACGCGCCCGCGGCCGUCGAGGCGCCCGCGAAGCCCGCCCCGGCCGCGGCCGACGCGCCCGGCGCGGCUGCCGCCGACGGGAAGCCCCCCACGGACGUGACGGCCAUGCUGGAGAAGUCCGGCAAGUACUCCAAGUUCGUGCAGCUGCUCAAGGAGACCCGCGUGGAGACGCAGAUCAACGCGCAGCUGACGGACAGCUACAACGGGCUGACCAUCUUCGCGCCCACCGACGCCGCCAUCGACGGGCUCAAGGCCGGCACCCUCAACGGGCUGUCGUCCCAGGAGCAGAUCCAGAUGGUGCUCUACUGCGUGCUGCCCCGGUUCUACUCGCUCUCCAUGCUCGGCACCCUCAACGGCAAGGUCAGCACGCAGGCGUCCGGCCACUCCGGCCCCUACACCUACAAGAUCAAGCCCUCCGGCAACAACGUCAACGUCUCCACCGGCGUUAAGGGCAACAACAUGCUCCUCGGCAGCGUGGUGAGCAAGGACUUCCCGCUGGCCGUCUACUCCGUGGACAAGAUGCCGCUCCCCUACGAGCUGUUCGGGCCGCAGCCGCCCACCCCGGCGCCCGCCCCGGCCCCGGCCCCCACCAAGUCCAAGCCCAAGAAGAAGAAGAAGUCCGCCGGGAUCGCCGAGGCGCCCGAGGCCGACGACGCCACCGCCGACGACGACACCGAGAAGUCCGCCGCCGCGUCCCUCUCCGGCGUCGCCAGGUGGGCCGCCGUCCUCGGUGCCGCCGUCGUCGGCGCCAUGUUCUGAUCCGAUCCGAGAGGAACAACACAUGGUGGUGUGGUGGUGCCAUCUUUCUUGCUCCGUGCGUGAUCGAGUUGCGUUGGCGGAUGGAUCCAUUGGUGGAUCCCUGUACCGAUAGAUACUGUGAUCUCAUGAUGAUGUGUGUGCCCAUCGGCUUUAUUCUUUCUCUUUUUCUUCCUUUCUUCUGAUGAAAACUUCUUCUCUCAAUUCUUGUUGAUUUGUACGCUGUAAUUUAUGUGAUAUACUAGUGCUUCUCGAAUUCAUUCA